AUGAAUAAGAAAAAUAUUGAUAUCGGAAGUAAAUGCUUCACCUAUACCUCACCAAAUUUCUGGAAAACAUUUCAGUAUGCUGUUAGUAUCUACAAUGAAGACACGGACAGACUUAAUUUCUAUUUCUUUGAUGAAGAUGAUGAUUGGAAGAUGGAAAAUGAGGAUCCUUACAGUCCAUUUAUAAUCACUGUGUAUGAAAUGGAGAUGAAUAAUGAAAUAAAGUAUACUGGGUCAUGGAAAAUAAUCAUAUGCGUAAAUGGGGAGUUCAAAAUAACAUCCCUUGGACAAAACAAACUAUCUUCAUAUCUAAAUACAGAACAUAUGAAUGUAGAAGUUAACCAACAUGUUCCAAAACCAAACUCAUUAACACUUGAGUUUGAACAGAAAAACUCUCCAUUGUUCUCCAAUACCAAUUACUAUAUAUUAUUAUUAACUGAGAGAGUAACUGGUGUUCAGUAUCUUGAACUAAUAGAAACUACCAGUCGAACUAUAAGUUCCAGUGUUAGCCUGAAAUCAAGACAAAAAUAUGAAUAUCAACUGUACAAGGUUCACCAACAAAAUAAACAACUUACUGUCACACAUGAAACUAGACUAAUAACAAUAGUAACUCAUAAUACAAAAGCAGAUGUAAGAGAUCUAAUGACUUUGGCUGAAAACCACUUGAGUAGAAAAGGUUCAAGUAAAGCAACAGUUCGUCAUCUGUAUCGUAAUAAACCUACUCACCAUCCAACAAUUAGCAAAGCCUUAGAAACAGGAAUCAUGGAGAAAUAUCUUAAAGACAACAAUGGUGAUCCCGGUUCAAGCAUCAAUAACAAAAUAGAUGGACUAUUCUUUAUGGCAACACCAAAAACAACAUCGGGACAAAUACCAGAUGAGAGUUUUUUCGGCAACUAUAGAAUAAUGAUCCCACCUGACUAUCUUGUCCAGGGUUGUAAUCUUUACUUUGCUGAUUUCACUUGUUUAAAUGGAAAAUCUCACUACAUCACUCUAGUUUUAACUAAAGUUAAUAGUAAAGAGGAUAGAUAUUGUCGCUAUAGAUUAGUUCAACUUGAUUUUGAUGAUAAUCCAUUUUUCUACAAGGAACGUGGUUUAUUUUAUGUUCCCCUUGCACACUAUUUACAUGUUGAAAUAUUAUACACGGAAAAUGUGAAUCAGGUUAAACUGAUGAUGUUAAGUCGACAUGGUUCACUAGAUUUUAGACAAUGUAUUUUAGACAAUCACCUAGUUAGAGGUCGUGGUGAAAGUAGACCAGGCGGAAUCCCAAAGCCUUCUCAAUGUAAAGAAUGUAACUUGCCACCAAUCCUCCCCAAAACAACAUCUUAUUUAUCAUAA